GUAAAUGGUUUUCUCACAUGAUCCGAGUUGUCUGGAGUCAGUGUGGGAGUGGGAGAGCGUCGUGCGGACAGAACGGAGGAGAUGGCCGAGCGACGCUGGAUCACGAGUCUGUCGGCUUUGAUUGGCAUCCUAGCGACACUGACGAGCUGCGACACUGUUCCGUGGCAGGACGAAAAGCUGAAACAUGAAGCAACCACACUGAGCUCCAGUGAACUGAGUAGUGUGGUAUCUCGAACCGAUCUGGACCGGAUGUGGCAGAAGGACCUGAAGCCCAUGCUUGUUGUGCGCUAUCCUGGUUCAACUGGAAGCCAACACGUUCAGCAGCAUAUUAAAUCAACUCUCGGCUCAAUGAACACGGGGUGGGAAGUGACGGAGGAUGCCUUCUAUGCUCAUACGCCUUACAGCCAGCUUCCCUUUACCAACAUAAUUGCAACUCUCAACCCUGCGGCCAAACGUCAGUUGGUUCUGGCCUGCCACUUUGACUCCAAAUACUACCCUCCACAGUGGGAUGGCCGUGAGUUUCUCGGAGCAACAGAUUCUGCUGUUCCCUGCUCUAUGAUUCUGGAACUGGCAAGAGCCCAAGAUGAUGACCUAAAGACCUUGAAGGACUCUGGGUCAGAUCUGUCUCUGCAGCUCUUCUUCUUUGAUGGAGAAGAGGCACUUUACCAGUGGACCUCUGAAGACUCUCUGUACGGCUCCCGUCAUUUAGCCCACAAAAUGUCCACAACAGCACAUCCACCGGAAGCCACCAACACCAGCCAGCUCGACGGCAUUGAUUUGUUUGUUCUACUGGACUUGAUUGGAGGUCCAAAUCCUCGCUUUGGUAAUCAGUUCUCCAGUACGACCCGAUGGCUUUCCAGACUACAAAAGAUUGAGCGCCGGCUGCAUGCGCUCGGUCACCUUAAGAAUCACCCUAAUGAGGUUCAGUACUUCUGGCCUGGCCUGCAUGUGGGUCUAAUUCUGGAUGACCAUGUACCAUUUCUCAACCAAGGGGUCCGGAUUCUCCAUCUCAUUUCGACUCCUUUUCCCGAGGUGUGGCACACCUUUGACGACAACGAGGAGAACCUGGAUCGAAUCUCCAUCAGCAACCUCAACAAGAUCCUGCAGGUCUUUGUUCUUGAGUACCUCAACAAGAAGAGUCAGAACCCUAUCGCUGAAGGCUCCUAAUGCUCCAAAAUCUCCCAUCAUUCAUAUAUCUCAUUUCUCAUACUGACAAGCGCAGGAGAUUAUGGUUCUUUUGACAUUCCCGUUUAGCCAGUUUAAUUUUUUAAACAAUUUUUAUCACACAAUCAAUUUUUCUCACAACUGGAGCUGUACUGUGGACUGUCUGUGGACUGUUAAAAUUCAGAAGACAUUUAAGGGAUCCAGAAUCAGACUCGGUAUACAGGGUUCACUGUGUGUCAGCGACAGUGUUUUCUUUAUAUCCUCUGGCUAAACUAAAUACUUACAAAAUGAAUGUUGGUACUCAAUAUAUCUUUUUUUUUUUUGCUUGUUAUAUUAAUAAUAGAAUUUAUAGUAGCCUUAUACUUUGUAGCCGUUUUGUCUUUAAAUGUAAACUCUUUUAUGAAUCAACAAACAUGUGUGAGGAAUCAUACUGUUUCAUGAUGUCUGUGUGUGUAAUGAUGAUUCAUUGACGUUGGGAUCCAUGUGCAGCUUUAUUAACAAUCAGACAGGCAGAGUUCAGUCAACAGCAUACAGGAGUAACGUAGGCAAGGCAGAAUCAUAACCAGAGUCCAUGCAAAGGGGUCGAGGCCGGCGGCAGACAGAGGAGAGAGUAAAUCCAAACACAGAGCAAGGUCAAAGAGGCGGGCAGCGAACAAUCAGACAGGUCUAAACAAUCCAGGUAGGCAACAGGUAAUCAAACAAGGUAUGAACGCUCAGUAAUGUCAGCAGUAGCAAAAACAAGACUUCGCAAUGAGGGUAAGGUAGGCACUGCCUAUAUAGUCAUGGUAAUGAUCAGCACCUGUGCAAGUAAUCAAUGUCAGGCAUGGGGUGAUGGGAAAUGAAGUCCUAAGGAACAGUUAGUA